AUGGAUAAGAGUUCUGGUUUAUUGUACAGCUCUAAUUCAUUAAUUCUGUCCGUCUGGUUAAUCCUAACUGCUAAUAUUGUCAUUACUGCCCGGGCGGGCAUCACUUCUAAAUCUUGCCCGUUGCCUGUGCCAGUUUCCCGCAAGGAUGUACAGCUGGAUCAGCGCGCCGCUCCGGGGGGCACCGGGAGCCCCCUGGAACGCACCGGACCCGAGUGGAGAGUUUUUGGCGAAAACAGUGGAGUAUUUGCCGGGCAACCUGCUGAAUCUGGCAGUGCCGUGGAUGUAGUAGUUGCGUUUGAAAAGGGUUCUGCCGGACAUAUUGAAGUAUCAUCUGAAGUGGAAAGUAAAAUGGAUGAGCACAACAUGGGCAAUCCAACUACCUCUGGAUCUGACAAGGUGAUGGCGAGGGGAGAUUCGCCAAUUGUUAGGGCCAAACGAAGCUGGCCAGAAUCAUUUGAAUUUGCUGAAAGUUCGUGGGGAAGCGAGGACGACCGAACACACGGUUAUGCGUCCGCAGAAAGGAAGAAUCCUGGAUCGCUUUUGGAAGAACAAAGACGGAGAACAGAACCGAGGUGGAACAGGGAUGAUGGUAAAACCACCAACACCAGGCAAGAGGAGCCGAAAAUAACGAGCAGCACUUUUGCUCUGACGGGAGACUCAGCCCAUAACCACGCUGUCGUGUAUUGGUCUGGACAAAACAGUAGCGUGAUUCUGAUCCUGACCAAGCUGUAUGAUUUCCAUCUGGGGAGUGUGACUGAGAGCACCUUGUGGAGGUCAACAGAUUAUGGAACAACCUAUGAGAGACUGAACGACAGAGUUGGAACGAAGACAGUUCUCAGCUACCUGUAUGUUUGCCCCAUGAACACGAGAAAGAUAUUGGUGUUGACUGACCCAGAGUUUGAGAGCAGUGUUCUCAUCAGCUCAGAUGAGGGGGCCACCUACCAGAAGUACCGCCUCAGCUUCUACGUCCUCAGCCUGCUCUUCCACCCCAUCCAAGAGGACUGGGCCCUGGCCUACAGCCACGACCAGAAGCUCUACAGCUCAGUUGAUUUUGGGAGGAAGUGGCAGCUUGUCCACGAGGCAGUAACACCCAACCGAUUCUACUGGUCUGUCUCUGGUCUGGAUGUGGAGUCUGACCUAGUUCACCUGGAGGCAAACACAGCAGAUGGACGUGUGCAGUACGUGACCUGUAGGGCCCAGAGCUGCUCAGAGGCCAAUCGCCACUAUCCGUUCUCUGGCUACAUCGAGAGAGACUCGCUGGUGGUCCAGGAUGACUACAUGUUUAUUCAGGUCACCUCUGCUGGUCGGACAUGGUAUUACGUAUCGUACAAGAGAGAACCCUUCGCCAGGAUUAACCUGCCCAAGUACUCCCUGCCCAAGGACAUGCACAUCAUCAGUACGGAUGAGGGCCAGGUGUUUGCCGCUGUGCAGGAGUGGAACCAGAAUGACACCUACAACAUCUACAUCUCCGACCCCCAAGGCAUCCACUUCACCCUGGCCCUGGAGAACGUCCGUGCCAGCCGAGGCCUCGGGGGAAACAGCUUGAUCGACCUGUAUGAAGUAGCUGGGAUCAAGGGGAUGCUGAUUGCCAACCGUAAGCUGGAGAACCAGGUGAAGACCUUCAUCUCUUACAACAAGGGCAGAGACUGGAGGCUGCUGCAGGCACCCAACACUGACCUGGAGGGCAACAGCAUCCACUGUGUACUGCCGUUAUGCUCUCUGCAUCUCCAGCUGCAAAUGUCAGAGAACCCCUACCUCUCCGGCAACAUCAUCACCAAGAGCUCAGCACCAGGAGUCAUCGUGGCAACAGGAAAUAUUGGUCCUGAGCUCUCCUACAACAACGUGGGCAUGUACAUCUCCUCAGAUGCAGGAAACAGCUGGAGGCAGAUCUUUGAAGAGGAGCACAACGUGUGGUUCCUGGAUAAUGGAGGGGCCUUGAUGGCCGUCAAACAGCCCACAGUACCCACCAGAGAUCUCUGGGUGAGCUUUGAUGAGGGUCGUCAGUGGGACCGCCACUCCUUCUCCAUGGUGCCCCUGUUUGUGGACGGCGUGCUGGUGGAGCCGGGCAUAGACAACCAGAUCAUGACGUUUUUUGGACAUUUCAGCCAUCGAUCAGAGUGGCAGCUCAUUAAGAUCGACUACAAGUCACUCUUCAGCAAGAGGUGCACAGACGGGGACUACCAGACCUGGCACCUCCACAACCAGGGUGAGCCAUGUGUGAUGGGGCAGAAGCAGAUCUACAUGAAGCGGCGGCCGGCGAGUAACUGCAUGCUGGGCCCUGGAUACAACCGUGUGCUCUCCAGCGAGCCCUGUAUCUGCAGAGCCCACGACUUCGAAUGUGACUAUGGAUACGAGCGCCGUGGAGAUGGGAACUGUUCGCCGUCCUUCUGGUUCAAUCCAGCUACUGUGUCUAGGAGAUGCAGCCAGGGACAGAACUACCUCAACAGCACUGGGUACCGUAAGGUGGCGGCAAACAACUGCACUAAGGGGGUGAAUGACAUGUACAUGGCCCGGCGGCAGACGUGUCCCAACAGGCCUCCACGCGGCCUCCAGCUGAGGACCAGCCAGGGCAAACUCACAGCAGCCCUGCACUCCAACGUCACCUUCCUGAUACAACUGGAACAGGGUGACUCCAUGCGAACCCAAAUCCAGGUGGACUUUGGUGACGGCACAGCGGUGUCCUACUCAAACCUGACAUGGACAGAGGAGGGCAUCAAGCACGUCUAUCGCAGUGCUGGAAUAUUCCGCGUGACCGCGCUCGCUGAGAACGAGAUGGGCGCCGACAGCACCUCCCUCUACCUGCAUGUUACAUGUGUGGCGGAGCAUGUCCAGUUGCUGGCUCCGUUCGUGGUGAUCCAGAACAAGGAGGUGAACCUGACAGCUGUCGUCUGGCCCAGCCACUCUCGCACACUCACCUACUUCUGGUGGCUUGGCAACAGCUCUGAGCCCAUUGUAACGUUGGAUGGCAGCAUGUCCCACACCUUCACCAGAGAGGGCAUGCACACUGUCACCGUGCAGGUGUCCUCCGCCAACUCCAUCCUGCAAGACACCAAGACCAUCGCAGUGCAAGAGUUCUUCAAAUCGCUGCUUUUAUCUUUCUCUCCUAAUCUGGACGAGGUCAACCCUGACAUUCCGGAGUGGAGGCAGGAUGUUGGCAGGGUAAUUAAGAAGGCUCUGCUGCAAGUUGCCAGCAUUCCCGAAUCACAGCUCCUGGUUGCAGUAUACCCUGGAAUUCCCACUGCUGCUGAGCUCUUCCUGUUGCCCAGCAAGAACCAAUCAGCAAGCCGGAGAAACAAGGAGGAGGAGCUAGAAGAGAUUUCAGAAGUUCUUGUCAGUGCCCUCAACCAGAACUUGGUGGAGUUUGAGCUGAGGCCAACCUUACGCAUCAUUGUUUACGUCACACAGUUAACCUUAGCUCCACUUGUAGACUCGCUGGCCAGACACAGCAGUUCGGCCAUGUUGAUGCUCCUCUCUGUGGUCUUUCUGGGCUUAGCCGUCUUCCUCAUCUACAAAUUCAAAAGAAAAAUACCCUGGAUCAACAUCUACGCAGAGGUGAACCAUGAGAAGGAGCAGGAGAUGAUCAACUCGGUGGGGCAGAAUGACACAGCACCACCCAAGGUCACGCUCAGCGACCUUCCCACACAGAAGGAGAUGAUGGAGAAGGAGCUGGAGUGCAGAAUAAAACGGAGCAUGAUUAACACCUGUGAGAGCACAAGAGAGAUUCCAAACUGCACAAGUGUGUAA